AUGAAAAAUCUUCCGCAGAGAGUGACGCAGACGUACGAGUUUGGAGGAGCACCCCAAGGCGGACCACCAGGCGGGCCCCCACCCCCACCCCAGCCGGCGGGAGCACAAGUUGUACCCGGACAGGAGAAGGGUAACGAUCCUAAUGAGGGAGCAAUGGAAGAUUUGAAGAGGUCAGUCAAGCGGUACAAGAACCAUGUCAGGGAACAGAAGAAGGUGAUCGAGGAGGUGGAUAGGCUGUUACGGUGUGCUAUAUGCUUCGAAAUAUUCCAUCGCCCUGUCACGCUUCCUGAUUGCCAGCAUACAUUCUGUGGUAGCUGUCUUUUUCAGUCCCUACAGCAGCGUGAAGCGUGUCCCCAUUGUCGGACGGAGGUAUACCCCGAUCGCCAAGGUAAACGCGCAUUCCCUAUCGACAGCCUUCUCGAGGUUCUUUUGAGCGAGCAUCCGGAUAAGAAGAGGACAGCGGAGGAGUUGAGGGUCGCGGAUGAGAUAUGGGAUGGGGAAGAGCCGCCGAUCUUCAAAACCGCCCAAACUGCAUUCAAGGGUCUCGCUGUUUAUGGGCGAAGAAUUGGGGAUUGA